GGACAUAAGAUGUUUUAUGUACAUCUGUUCCCUUGAUAUUCAUCUUCCUUGGAGGUGGUUUUGUUUUCAUUUCAUUAUCUAGUGAUCUCCAUAAACAUCACUAGUGUUGCUAGAGUUUGGAUAGUUAAACUACAAUAUCGUCCUGCACACCUAGGAAGCUAGAUCACUUUCCAGUCCUUACCCCAUUUCCUAUGACAAAGUCGCUGCUGCUUGUUCAUCUCAGGUCAGGGACGAACAACUAGUUCAUUGAAAAUUUGUGGUGAGAAGGGGAAGCAAACUGCAUAUUGUGUGCAUUAGCACAGUUGAAGAAUUAUAAUCAUAAGCAUGGAGUCUGAGAUGACAGUACAUGAUGGUGGGUGCCACUGCAAGAAUGUAAGAUGGCGAGUGCAAGCGCCUACUAAGGUUGUGGCUUGGAGUUGCAACUGUUCGAAUUGCUCUAUGAGGGGUAACACGAAUUUCAUUGUCCCUUCUGAAAGAUUUGAACUCUUGGGUAAUUCUGAACAGUUUCUCACAACUUAUAGCUUUGGUUCUCACACGGCAAAGCAUACUUUCUGUAAGGUCUGUGGGAUAACUUCGUUUUUUUAUCCACGCUCAAACCCUGAUGGGGUUGCCAUCACAUAUAGGUGUGUUGAUCCUGGAACACUAACCUAUGUUGAGGUCAAGUAUUUUGAUGGCCAAAAUUGGGAAAACUCCUACAACCAGUCGAACAUUGCUUCGCUGUCAAAGGUAGACUCUGGAAACUAAAGGGCUGAAGAAUGAUAAAUGUUGAAAUCUUUUCAUUUCAACAAAUAAUAUUGUCAGCAAAUAUGCAUAAAACUUGUAUAUAUUGCUUGGAGUUUGGAGGUUGAAGUACAUCAUUGUCUUGGCCUUUGAGAAAUUAAUAAUCUUCAUCCGGAAUGUAUGAUGAUUCCUAUCUAACAGUAGUGCUUUUCCUCUUGUUUCGUUUUGUUCUAUUUGUUUUUGUUACUUUGCCUUUGGCCUUGCAGCGGUGACAAUGCAGAAGCUUUGGAUACUGUUAAUCUGUAUUUUUCUUUGGUAAUUAGUGGUCAAAUGCUCUCAACCCCUAGAGUUGGUUCUUUUCAAA